AGAAAGAGAAAGAGAAAGAAAUGAGAAUAUUGUCGUGAACCGGCACAUGGCAACAACAAUAUCUUCGGAUUAGAGUCUGAAUUCUCAAACUCUUGUUCACUCCAACACUCCAAACCCAACAACACUGAAUUCAAUUCAACUGUUUCCUUCUUUUGCGGUUUUGGUUUUGAAUCUAAGCCUCUAGUGUUCCGAAUUUACCGCCCAAUUUCCAAUCAUGGACUCGGUUGUUCUCCAUCUCGACCGUUUCCCUCUACUCUCCGCCACUCACCGCCCAACAUGGAAUCCACGCGCUGCCGCUUCCUUCCGCUGCUUCCACCGCUCCCUUCCUAUUCCAACCCUCCGUGGCUCGCCGCUUCUCGCUGCCAACAAUUCUGUUCCGCCAAAAAAUGGAGUGUACACUGUUGGUGACUUUAUGACAAAGAGAGAGGAUUUACAUGUGGUAAAGCCCACAACAACUGUGGAUGAAGCUCUGGAAAUGCUUGUUGAACAUAGGGUAACUGGUUUUCCCGUGAUUGAUGAUAAGUGGAACCUAGUUGGUGUUGUUUCAGAUUACGACUUGUUAGCACUGGACUCUAUAUCAGGUAAUGGGAGGAAGGAGAGUAGCAUGUUUCCAGAAGUUGACAGUUCUUGGAAAACUUUCAAUGAGGUGCAGAAUCUGUUGAGUAAGACAAACGGGAAGGUAAUCGGUGAAUUAAUGACUACUGCCCCUAUGGUCGUUCGGGAGAACACCAAUCUUGAGGAUGCUGCCAGGUUGUUGCUAGAAACAAAGUUUAGACGCCUUCCAGUUGUAGAUUCUGAAGGUAGACUGGUUGGGAUUAUCACCAGAGGAAAUGUUGUAGGAGCCGCUCUUCAAAUUAAACGAGCUAUCCAAAACAAAGCAUGAUAGGAUUUAGAAGACCAUUCAUUAAAUAAAUUGCUGGUUUUCUUGAUAGUGAUUUGAAUUAAGUGGCAGAAUAUUGCUUGAAUUAGAAUUAAAAUUUUGGCUUAGGCAUGUAUGUAAUAUGUAUUAUAUCUCAUGUUGUUUUAGCACCACACGAAUGUUUGUCAUUGGAUAUUGUCAUUCAUAAUAUUUUCAUUACUACAA